AUGGCUCUUGCAGGCCCGAUUCAGGCCUCACAAUCCAAAGUAAACCAAUGGACGUUCGUCGGCGAACAUGAUCUAGAACCGGGAUUAUUUGGCGGUGAGCCGGAGCUCAAAGUCUCGGAUAAGUUCAAGGAUCGUCUCUGCUCCCCAUGGAAGAAAACCCUGGUGGUCAGACUGCUCGGGCGUUCGAUCUCCUACGCAUAUCUGUGCUCACAACUCCGAUGGAAAUGGCGCCCAACUGGAAGACUGGAUAUCCUGGAUCUGAACGACAGAACCUUCCUGGUCACCUUCCACAACGACCAAGAUUUCCUUCACGCUCUCACCGGGGGACCAUGGACUAUUCUUGAUCACUAUCUUAUUGUCCACCAAUGGUCGCCGUCCUUCAGAACGGCUGACAAACCCCACAAAUCGGUCGUAGCGUGGAUCCAGCUGCCGGAGCUUCCGGUUCACUUCUAUCAUCGGGAGGUUCUGUUUGCCUUGGGUAAUCUUAUUGGCAGAACAGUGAAGCUGGAUUAUCACACGGAAAACUUGGAACGUGGGAAAUUUGCUCGAAUAGCAGUGGAGCUUGAUAUGACGAAGCCGCUGGCGACCCGAAUUCGCCUGGACGGAUUUUGGCAACCGGUCCUUUAUGAAAAUCUACCAGAAAUAUGUUUUGAGUGUGGCAAAAUUGGUCAUACUGAGGACUCUUGCCCGAUCAAAAGAUCUGUUGAGGCCACUGCUACUUCGCCGGCUGCGAGUCCCGAGCGUCUCGUCGAAAAUUCGCCACCGUCGUCGGAGUCUCCCGCCGGUUACGGGCCGUGGAUGCAGGUGACACGAAAGAGUAAAAAGCAAAAUAGGAAAGUUACGCAGAAUACGGUCAACAAUCAGGGCGGAGACGCGGGUCGCGGGGGGUUGUCGGGGAAAGCCAGUCAGAAACCGCAUCAGCAAGGAAAGGCGAUCCGACCAGAAUCAUUUUAG